UUUGUUUACUUCAGACAACGAAAACCAAAAAGCGACAUCACGCAGUCGCAGAAAAAGACGGCGAAGAGGAAGGGCUCGUCUGUCCACACGCAUGACGUUCCAAAGGAAGAGUACGCACUAGCGGCCCAAGAUGUUGGUAAGGCUAUAGAGAGUAAGGCUGAAGACACCAACCUACUAGACAUAACAACAGGGACAGAGACAGUUACAAUAAAUUCUGCUGCAGAAUACAGUGAGCUUGAUGCUAAGAUGUGUCGGGUGAAACUAGCUGAGUUAGAGAACAGACUUUUGGAGAAACAGGAAGCAGUUGAAAGACUCACUGCACAGAUGGACAAGCUACAGGAACAACUUACCCAGCACAGUGACUCCAUGCAACUUCAGGAAACUACUGUUCAAGAGCAGAAUGAAGUCAUCAGGAAACUAACAAGCCGCCUUCAGCAGGCGAAGAAGGAUCGGGAUGACCUACAAGAGGAGGCUUCGUGUGUAGCUGAUCAGAUCCAUGAUUUACAACUUCAGUUACGUCAGAACACCAAAGAUAAAGAAAAUCUGCUUUCCGAAAUGGAAGAGGAUAUGAAAGAUACAAUGCAACAGCUGUACAAAAGCGUAGGGGAAAAAGAACAAUAUAUUAAAAGUCUUCAGGAUAUACUGACAUUGGAAAGAUUUAGCUUGUCUGUACUACAAGAUACCCUUUCUCUCCGGGACUCAGAAAUAACAGAAUUAAAAAAUGAAAUAGCUCUAUCCAAAAUGAAAGAAUGGCAACGUACUGAAGAACUGAAAAUCAGUCAUGAAAAGGAUAUUUGCAGACAGCUGGAGAGCUUGAGGGCUGAGCUGGAGAAGUGCCACAGAAGAGAGAUUGCAGAAGCCAAGCAGCUAUAUGAAGAAGAAAUUAUUUUAAAAUAUAAGAACGAACUUGAACAGUUAAAAAAAGAACUCCGUGCUCUAAAUUCUGAAGAACACAUUCAGAAUUUGAAUGGCAUAAUAAUUGACUUAAAUAAUAGUCUUCGUGAGUCUGAAAUUCAUAAAGAAAAUUUGAGAAGGAAACUUGAAAACCAGCAGGAAGACUUCCAGAGAGAAAAGUCUGAAAUUGAGACUAGAUACAAGGAUUUAACUGAUGGCCUUAAGUCUCAACUUUCUGAUGCAGAAGAGCAGGUCAAGGAAGCCCAGCGCUAUAAACAAGAAAAACAGUCCUUGAAUGAAGAGAUUCAGAAACUGAAUUCUUUCAUCCAGGAAUUAAAUGAAAAGCGACUUCAUGAGGCUGAAAAAAGUAUAGAUGUAAGGCAAAAGCAUGAUGAAGAGAUUGUCUGCAAUAAAAAGCUAAUAAAAUCGAGGGACAACCAGAUUUUACCAGAGGUGUUGCAGUUGCAGAGAGCAGAGCUUGAGGAGAUGUGGAAUAAACUUCAUCAGUUGAGAGGUGAAGAUGAGCUAGUUCAUGAAAAACUAGAGUUCGAGCAUGACUUGGGAGCAGACUCCUCAAGGGAUCAAUUAGAAGAAAUUAAGAAUUCAGAGAUCACAGAGCGUAAUGCAAGUAGUGAAGGAGAUAACCUUUCUGAAGAACACUUGUCAGAACUGGGGCUUUUCAGUGGUGAUGAAGGCAUAUUGGCUAAAUAUCUUAUCUCCAUGGAGAGACCAGAAGAGUCAUAUGCGUCCAGCACUUCUGAAGGUUAUGCCAUUGAAGAAGGUAGAUGCAGUAGGUAUGGAUUAGACAGUAGUGUGCUUCUAGAACCCAGCAGAGAUUUUAUACCUCCUCCAUUAAACUUUGGCCUUGAUGAGGAAACGCAUCCUAGUGGUUUGGCUCAAGAGACUUUUGAAGUGCCUGAGUUGGGAGCAGAGGCCUUCGUUUCAUUUUUGUCAGAUAGCUCCCUGCAGCAAAACAAAGUAAGUGGCCACAAUGAUGUGAAGGAUGAUGAGGCAACUUGUUUAGUAGAGACAUGUGUGAAGCUAACUGAGCAGCUCCAUGAGAAGGAGUCAGCCUUGAAGAAGUCUUAUCAGGAGACCCAAGAAUCUGUUGGAAAAUGGGAAAAAGUAAUGGCUGAGGUCUCUCAUGUGUGUGUGGAACUGCAUGAGGAAUGUGAAACACGGAUCCAUUGUGAAAAAGAACUUCUUCAAAAAACAGAGAAGGAGAAAGAACUUGAAAACAAAAUAAUGUUUCUAGUAAAGCAGCAGGGUGAGUAUGGAGGCCAACCCUACAGUGCUGUAGAGCCUUUAACACAAGUGUCAAAAUCCUCUACCUGGCAAGAAAUGGUAAAAGACCUCCACGAGGAAAGAGAAAUGUUGAUGGUGCAGCUGCAAACUCAGGAGCAAUUAGUGAAAGAUGUUCAAGAGCAGAAAACAGCUUCUGAUUCUGUAACAAGUGAAGUACAGUCUCUUUUUGGACGUCAGUUAGCUGCUCAAAGGGAUCAAAUGCAAAGCCAGCUUGAUGCUCAAAAGGCUAAAAACCAGACAAUAGCAGAGGUGUUUGGUCAGAAAAGCGUAUCUGAAGAGACAUUGUUAAAAGAACAGGAGUUGCUCAAAGCUGAAAUCAACAAUAAAACCCAAAAUUUAGCGCUCUUACUGAAGGAAAAAACAGCCUUAGGAAAAAGAUUAUCUGACAUGGAGGAGGAUCUAAUAAAAGCAGAAGAAGCACUAGCAGAGAAUGCUAGCAUCAUUGAGGGUCUUGAGAAAAACAUACAUGAACUUAAUGCUGAAGUGAAAAACCUCAAAGAAAUACAGGAGUGUGAAAGACUGGGAUAUGAGGACAGAUUAAACUUCAGCAACCUAGAAAUUCAUAAACUUAAUGCUGAAAUAAAGGCAAAAAGUACUGAAUACAGUGAGGAAAAAAGCCAGCUGACGGAAGAAAUCACCCAUUUGAAGAAGGUUUGUUUGGAGCUUGAGGCUCACUUGCAGGAGUCCUUUCAGUCUGCACAAGCUGCGCAGGAGGCACAGUCCAAGAUGGUGAAACAUUACAAAGAGGAAAUCGAUAAAAUGGAAACUGAACACCUUGCUGAAUUAACUAAAGUGAGUUUGACACAUAAGAAAGAGAUAAAAGAACUAAAUGCUGAAAUAAAAGAUAAAGUGGAAAACCAGCACAAGUUAGAAGAAGAAAGAAAGGUACAGAUUGCUUUGAUAAAAAAGGUACAUGAACGAGAGCAUGAUCGUGAAAUCUCUGAACUGAUUACUAAACAUGAAGAGGAAAUGGAGAAGCUCCGUGCUGAACUAAAUAAAGAACAGCAGCACCUGUUGGAUGAACUUCGGCAGCAAAUGACAGCCACACACAAAGCAGAGAUUGAGCAAGCUCAGCUCCAAUCACAGACACUGCACAGCCUUGAAUUGGAAGCUUUACGCCUAAGCUUAAAUAAUAUGCACACCUCCCAGCUUGAGCUUACGCAGUCGAACCUGAGAAAAGAAAAGGAAACUGCCCUUGUGGAGCUACGGGAGAUGCUCAAUGAUAAGCGUGCUCAAGAGGUAGCAAUUCUGCAAAACCGUCAUCAGCUGGAGUGGGAGAAGAUUAAGGAACAGUGUCUGAAGGAAAAAGAAGACCUUAAGUCAAAGUAUCGGCAAGAACUAGUUGAUCAGAGAAAGAAAAUAGAAUUGGAAAUGGAAGAGACCCAUGUCCAGGCGUUAGAGACUCUCAAAAGAGACUGGCAAUUGGAGUCUGAGAUGCAUUUAAAAAGCACGUGUGAAGAGCUGUCUGAAAAGCAUCACACUGAAAUGGUGGAACUGCAGAAAACUCUGGAAAUGGAAUUAGAAAAAGUCAAAGCAGAGCUGGGUCUUCUUUCUCUUGAGAAUGAACAGUAUAAAAUAAAAUGUAUAGAAUUGGAGAAGCAACACCAGGUAGCCAUUACAAAAUUACAAGAACAGCUGCAGGCUGAACAUAACCAACUCCUAGAAGAUACGAAGAUGAAAAGCCAAGAAAAAGAACAGAAUCUUCAGAAAGAGCUGGAGAAACUUCAGGUCAUGCAUGAAGAACUCAAGACUCGGUCACAAGAAGAAAUCAGGCAGCUUUGGUCUCAGCUCGACAGUACCCAAACAAGUCGGCAAGAGCUAAGUGGUAUUACUUGUGUUGGUUUUGCCUCCAUUCCAGAGCUAAAAGAGCAGCUCCUGGCUCGUGCAUCACGGGUGGAAGAAAUAGAGCAUUUAAAAGAAGAAUCUGAACAGCAGUCUCGGCAAAGAAAAAGUGAGCAUGAAACUGAAUUGGAACAACUGAGACACUAUUUUGAAAAGAAGUUAAGAGUGGCUGAAGAAAACUACAGAGAAGAAUUAACUUUGCUGCAUCAGAGACUGCAAGAACUGAAGGAAUAUUCACUGUCAGAGUUGGAAGUGAGUCAAGGUCAAGCAGGGGACGUCAGUUCUUCUGUUGCAGUUUUUGAAGAGACUGGCGAGGAAGAGAGAAGGGAUGCAAUUGGUCAGCUAAAUCAACAGCUGGAACAACAUCAGGAAGAACUUGCCUGUUUGCAGGUACAACUUAAAGAACAAUACAGGCAUGAAUUAGAUUCCUUAAGGGCUUCCCUUGCACUUCAAUACAAGGAGGACCUAAUGAAAAUGAAGAUGGAUCUGUCAGAGAAAUAUAUAACACAAAUUGAGGAAAUGAAAAGAAAGCAUUGUUUAGAACUUGAGCAGCUCCGUGCCCAACUUUCAGAAGAACAUAUUAAAGAAAUCACCAAACUGCGCCUACAGGGUGCUCAAGAUGCAGCAUGUCAAGUUGAAAUGGAGGUGGCUGAGCGAGUGUCUGUGCUGGAGGAAGAGCAUAAAGCUAAGCUCUCUCUCCUCCACUCUGAGAAACAGCAUAUUGCAGAGCUUUCAGAAGAAAUAAAGCAUUUAAAGGAAGAGAUUGCUAAACAAAAAGAUUUUUCUGUGCAGAAUGAAAAGCAUCUGAAAGAAGAAAUGGAGAAGGUCAAAUAUAAAAUUGCUGAGGAUCACAAGAAUAAAUUAAGGGAAGCCAGAGAAGAAGUCCAGAAAAUCGAGACUAUAUACAAAGAAAAAGAGAAGAAAUGGAAACGUGAAAGUGAGGACCAGAGAAGCCAAGCAGAAGAGAUGUUAUCAUUGGUGCGUAUAGAACUGCAAAAUAGAGCGGAAUAUGAGAAGCAGAAUUUACAAAAGGAGUUUGAACUUCGUGAAGCUGAAAUGAAUCAGCUUCAAGAUCACCAAGCUGCCAAAAUUUUAGAAUUGGAGAAGUUGGUAAAAGAGCAGCAAAACAACUUGCAGCAACUAGAGGACAGCCUUGCAAGUGCACAGGCUAUGCAGAAAUCUCAGGAGCAAUAUGACAGUGACCUGCAGGAAGCCAAAGCAUGCAUGGCAAAAGAAAUGGAAAAGGCCACGCUUUGUCUGCAGGAAGAAUGUGCACUGAAACUUAUGGAUGCACAAAACAAGUUUAUGGAGGAGCACAAAGCCAUGACUCAGAAAUUCACAACUGAGCAAGAGAUUCUUCUCCAAGAGCUGAAAAAGAAGCAUGCUGAUGAGCUGGAACUCCAAAGUCAGCAGUUACAGGAGAAGCAUAAGCAGCAAAUUUUCUCUCUUACAGCUGAGUUUCAGACAAAACACCAAGCUGAAAUUGAGACACUUAAAUCUGCACUAGAAAGUAAACAGCAGAUUCAGCUGGAAGCUUGCAUUGCUGAACUACAGACAAAGCAUCAGGCACAAAUUGGUGAGCUGGAGGCUAAACACUUAUCAAAUCUGGAUUCCUUGGAGUCAUCCUACCUAUCUGAAAUUCAGAAUAUAAGAGAUGAACACAGUCAGGCUCUUGAGAAGAUGCAGCUGCAGCACACAGAACAACUCCAUGAAAAGGAUAAAAUGGAUCAAGCACGCUUGGUUCAGGAAAUAGAGACGUUGAAAUUAAAGCAUGCUGAAGAACUUCAGCUUUCCCAAAAUAAUUUGAAAAUUGAGCUAGCUAGUGUUCAUAUGGAAAAACUUAAAGCCAUGGCUGUUGAAGCAGAAGAAGCUCAUAAGGAUGAUUUGAACACAGCUCUUCAAAAUCAAAGGAAGUUGCUGGAAGAAGAAAAACGUCUGGCCCUGGAUAUAUUACGUGAGGAAGUGUUGCAUAUGGAGGAAAAGCAUAGAAAAGCACUCCAAGAACUUCAGGAUCUUCAUGAGGCAGAAAUUAAGCAACAUAAGGAAGAAUACUCCAGAGAGCUGGAAAAAGAAUUGGGGAAACUAAAAGCACAGCAUGAACAUGAGCAAGAGAUGUAUGCUUCUGCAUCGGCCUCUGAAGUAGAAACUGUGCAGACAGUUCUUCUGGCUCAAUUUGAGGAAGUAAAAUUGAAGCAGCAACUUCAGUUCCAGGAAGAGAUUGAGCUGCUGAAGUGUCAGUCAGAGGUACUGCUUGAACAGCAGAUUGCACAGCUGAAGGAUGAAUUUGAAGCUGAAAAAAAGACAUCACUGCAUGACAAGGAGCAGAUGUUGAUUCAGGAGAGGGAGAAGGCACAGACUGCUCACCAAAAGGAGCAGGAGAUGUUAUCAGCCCAGCUGCAGGAAAAAGCAGCAAUAAUUAUCCAGCUGGAAAAGAAAGUGGAGUCUUUAAACUGUGAAAUAGAGGAGACUAACUCUGAAUUGGAGACACUCCUUCAGCGGCGGGACAGAGAAAACCAAGAAGGAGGGAAUUUGGUAGCCAUGUUGAGAUCUGAUAUUGAGCAGUCCAAAGAUGAAAGGAAAAAACUGCAGGAAUCUUAUCAGCAUCUUUUGAAAUUGCUUAUGGAGUUGGUAAAGGCCACAAUAGCUGUUGAGGACCUUAUCUGUAGCAAGAUUGGUCUUUGCCUUGAUGACAGUCUGGCUUCUGGAGAUUCUAGAGAAACUCACAGUACUGUGGAAGAAAUAGGAUUCACGCAGUAUUUCAAAGUCAAAGAAAAACAUCACCUAGAAAAAGUAGAUGAGCUGCUUGAUGAAACUCUCACAGAACACAACCACCUGUGUCCAGUGACUGAUGAGGGGUCUGAGUUGAGCCAGUACUUAUGUGAAAGUGUUUUUGUAAAGCCAGAAUUGGCAUGUGAAAAUGAAGAAAUGAUACUGAAAAUUGGUCAUCGUUUGCGUACUGCAGUGGAGAGACUUCUGGAACUGGUUACAGAAUCAACUAAACAACUGGAGAAAAUGCAUGAAAACCAUGCACAAUUUGAAGAAGAAUUCAGCCGCCGAAAUAAGGAGGCUGCCCAAGUGGUUAGUCAGCACCAGGAACUAAUGGAGUGCCUUAGCGAGGAAAGCGAAGCCAAGAAUCAGCUGGCACUAGAGCUUCAUAAAGCAGAAGGCAUUAUCGAAGGCUAUGUUGCAGAAAAAGCUGCACUGGAAGAGGCCUUGAACCUGAAAGAGGAAUCUGAGCGUCGCCUUGUUGUGGAGCUGGAGAGUAUGCGUGAACGUUUCCAGGAGCUAACCCAGGAGCAAGCAAUUCUUGGUGAGGAGUGG